AUGGUUCCACGUCUUGCUUUUGAUAUCGAUCAAUUUGGAGAGUUAAUGUCUAAUUAUAUUGAAGAUUGUAUACAACAUGUUAAAAAAAUGUGUGAUAAACGUAUUUUAUUAGCUAAAGCACAAAUGGAUGAAUAUAAAGGAUUAGAAGAUUUUGAGCAAGUCUCUAUUGCACCACAUAAAAUUAUCCAUUUAGUUUUAAAGCCAAAAAUGAAAAUAUGGUCUAUUAAAAAUAAAAACUUUUAUAUAACACAAAAACGUCUUCAAUCUAAUUUACUUCCAAGAUUCAUUACAAAAAAUGACUUCUCUUUUAAAAAUGAUGAAUCGAUGUUAAAACAAGAUGAUGUACAAACUAUAUAUAAUGAUAUGCAUCACAUAACAAAUGAAUUUUAUAGAAAAAUUAUGGAAUUAUAUUGUAGAGCAGCUGCUGGUGAAUUUGAUACGAUAAAAAAUGAAAUUGAUGAAAUUAUUGAAAAUAAUCGAUCUAAAAAGCGUUCAAAUUAUUUGCAUAUUACUGAAGAAGAAGAAAAUCAAAAUGAUGCACAACAAAGUCAAGAUAAUAGAGAAGAAAGAAGUUAUGCUACAUUUGAAUAUUAUCAUCAAUUACAUGCAAGAAGUCAAGGACAAAAUCGACGAUCUGCAACAACAACAACAACAACAACAACAAGAAAUUGCCCCGACUCAUUUAUUAUCGGUCCAAAUAUAAUUAAUGAAGCAUCACAAAUAAAACUCACCGAGGAUGAAUAUCAAUUACUUCAAUUAGGCCAUCGGCUUAUAUUUAAUGAUCCACAAACAGCGUCAAGACGACGUAUAACUGAGUUGGCUGCACUUCGAAGAAAAAUUGAAACUCGAUUUUUUGAGAAAAAAGUUAGUCCUGGUCGUCCAGUUCAACAAUUUAUUACCGAAUUAGAUAUUCUCCUCCAAAAUCUUCACACUAUUCCGUCUUCUAUUACAACCAAUUGUCGUCAAAUUAAUCAAAUAACAAGUCAAAAUGCUUCUAUUACUAUUCCAGAUGAUCUUAUUAUUUCACGUCAGCCUCAGAUGAAUACUCGGUCGAUUAAAAAGAAGAAAAAUUACCACCGAUUGAUUAAAAGAUUAAAGCAUAAAUUUCGAUUAACAAAUACAAUUAUAAGAAAAACUGAUAAAUCAAAAGUAUUUCAUCUAGGUAAAUUGGAAAAUUAUGAAAAAGGAUCUGAAGAAUAUAUGAAUAAAACCAAUGCUAAUGUAUGUCUUGGUACUGAAGAUUCACUAUCCGAUUUAGUUCAACGUACUAAUCAAUAUUUAUUAAAUUUACGUCUAGCUAAAUGGAUUACACAAAAACAAUAUGAGUAA